AUGGGCGGCGGUCCAGGCUUCCGUUCGGUAGCCUACUUUGUCAACUGGGCAAUCUACGCCCGCAAGCACCGCCCCCAGGACCUCCCCGUCGAGAACCUCACCCACAUCCUCUAUGCCUUCGCCAACGUCCGCUCCGACACGGGCGAGGUCCACCUCACCGACGGCUGGGCCGACACCGACAUCCACUGGGAGGGCGACAGCUGGAACGAAGUCGGCACCAACCUCUACGGCUGUCUGAAGCAGCUCAACCUCCUCAAGCGCCGCAACCGCAACCUCAAGGUCCUGCUCUCCGUCGGCGGCUGGACAUACUCCUCCAACUUCAAGAACCCCGCCAGCACCCCGCAGGGCCGCGACACUUUCGCCCGCAGCUGCGUCGACCUGAUCAAGAACCUCGGCUUCGACGGCAUCGACAUCGACUGGGAAUACCCGCAGAACCAGGCCGAGGCGUCCGACUUCGUGGCCCUGCUGCAGGCGACCCGCGACGCCAUGGAUGCGUAUGCUUCGACGCUGCCGCAGUGGUACCACUUCGAGCUGACCGUCGCGUGCCCCGCCGGCGCGCAGAACUACGAGAAGAUGAACCUCCCCGCCAUGGACCGUCUCCUCGACUUCUGGAACCUGAUGGCGUAUGAUUAUGCGGGCUCCUGGGAUAGCACCGCUGGCCACCAGGCGAACCUGCAGCCCUGCAACAGAAACCCGAGAUCAACACCCUUCAGCACGGCUGCCGCGCUGUCGUAUUACACCUCGCACGGCGUGAACCCCACCAAGAUCGUGCUGGGUAUGCCGCUGUACGGCCGUGCCUUUGAGAACACGGACGGUCCCGGUGCGCCGUAUUCUGGCAUCGGCGAGGGAAGCUGGGAGAAUGGCGUGUUUGACUACAAGGUGCUGCCGCUGCCCGGCUCGCAGGAGUACGUGGACGAGGAGACCGGGGCGAGCUAUUCCUACGAUGCCGGCAGGAGGAAGAUGAUCAGCUACGACAACCAGCACCUGGCACGGAAGAAGGGCGAUUACAUCAGGGGGUGGGGUCUCGGAGGCGGCAUGUGGUGGGAGAGCAGCGCCGAUAAGCCCGGCCAUGAGUCUCUUAUCGGCACCGUCGUGCAUGCCUUUGGCGGACCGCAUUCGUUGCAGAGGCGGGACAACUGCAUCACGUACCCGGAGACGAAGUAUGAGAACUUGAGGAACGGAUUCCCCAACAAUUAG